UCGUCGUGGACGGGAGUGAGGUGGCACAACAAACAGUGAGUGUGUCCAGCACCAUCCUUCAGUGCCCCUCCUCCUCCCACUUUAAUUGUUAACCAUGGCCUCCAAGAACCUCACCCACAUCUUCAUGAUCAUGAGGGAUAAAGCCAUACAGAGGAGGAAUAUGUACAAACGUGUGGAGGCUUAUUCAGAUCAAGAUUCUCUAGUGAACAGUGAAGAGCUGGAGAAUGGCCUUAGUGGGAUAAGUGAUGGGCAUCUUCCUGACUGGGUGGGGAUGGUGGAGGAGGUUCAGUACAACAUUAUCACACUUAAAGAGAAGACAAAACGAGUGGCGGCUUUGCAGAGUAAUUUGGUGAGGCGUCCCUCGCUGGAUGACAACACUGAAGAGGAGCGACAGUUAACUGCACACAACAAUGAAAUCAGACGGACCCUGGAGAGAUGUCAGAUGCUGAUGAUACAAAUCAAACACAGUGGAGGAGGACAAGGACGAGAAGAAACACUCAACAAGAAUGUUGUUCGCUCCUUAGGGUUUGCCUUACAAGAGGUGAAAAAUGAAUUUAUAACAACAUGUUCUGCAUUUACCAAUUCUAUGAACAACAUAAAAAAAACAAGUUCAUUUGUUCAUGAAGGAGGGGGCGACUAUGACAGUGAUUAUGGAACAUUUGAAGGUGGCUCUGGUGCUAAUCAGAAUCAAGCGUGGACACAGGACCAGCUGAUGUUUUUAGCUGACAACACAACACAGGUGCAAGAAAGAGACCGAGCUGUCCAACACAUCCUACAGUCCACGGUCCAGCUCAACCAGCUGUUCCGGGAUGUGGCGCACCUUGUGUCUGAACAGGGAACAAUCUUGGAUCGAAUAGAUUUUAAUGUAGAACAUGCAGCUAUUAAAGUUGAAGAUGGAGCAAAGCAACUGAAGAAAGCGGAACACUACCAGCACAAGAACCGUAACAUGAAAUGCAUACUUGGUCUAGGGGGCAGUAUUGUAUUCCUUAUUAUUCUCCUCAUAAUUGUUAAAUCCUAACACUAAUAUGUACUUUAGUUAUAGAUAUACAGUAUAGUUUAUUUAUUUUUCUUAAGAAUUGUAGGUAGGCCAACACCAAUAGGAUAGGAUAGGUCUUGCUUUACUUUGCUCAUUAAAUUAAACUUUAUGCUGUGAGGGCAAUGACACAAGUUUACCCCACAAACACAAUGUAUCUUUAUUCACCUUGUUUGUGUUCCUAGCAUAAGGAAAAUCACUCUUAGACGUUUGUCUACUAAGUGAGGUGUAGAAUGUUCUAUUACUUUUUAUGUAUACUGUAUAAAUAAAUAUAUUUCUUUUAUCUCACAAUGAAUGAUACUUCUAAAUUGUAAAUGCUAUUACCAUCGUAUUGAAGUGUCAUUUAAGACUAACAAGGGUGCAGAUCUAGUUACUAUGGGGACAGUGUUACUGAUAAGCAUCCAGGUUUCCAUGCUACAAAGUGUGAGACAAUUUCACUGAUUUCUUCACUUUUCAUUUUAAUCUAAACGUUGACAAAUAAUAAAUUUUUUAUAUUGUGUUUGAUUAUAAUGUUAGAACAAAUACUCUUCAUAUAUCUUGUUUACAUGAUGCAUACCAGAGUGUUAAUAUCUCGGGUGACUCAUUGCAUUUCAGUACAGUACAAUUAGAUUUGAUCUGAAUAUUAUCAGUAUUUCACAAUGCAAGUUAAAGAUUGAGAACAAUAGUUUCAUGAAAACCUAUAUGGUCAUCUUUUAUCAAAUUAUUAUGAAGCAGUGCAGUAAUCCCGUGUUUUUCGCGGGAAUUACGUUCCUGAAACCCCCGCGAAAAGCCCAAAUCGCGAAUACUCUUUUAGGAAUCACUGUACCUGUGGCCACCAAACAGCUCAGGAAGGUCAUGCACUUAACCACGCUAUGCUCUCCACUCACGACCCAGUGUGACAUGAUGCAUUGUACCGGCAUUUACUAACAUCAUUAUUUGAAACUAAUCGUAUUGUAGUAUAAUUAUGAAAAAACGUAAACACAGUUAUAUAUAAACUAAAAUUUUAUUUACAAGUAAAUAAAAAAAUAUAUAUUUCGCUGAGGUCAGCAACACCCGUAUUGCCAGCCUCUCCCUGCUGUCCUGGCGUCUGCCCGCCCUCACGCAGUCACGCCAGCCAGCCAGUCCUCUUCCACCCACACUCCUCCACUUGAAGACUUGAAUUCUGACAAAAUACACAAAUGAAUUGUCAGUCUUCACCACAUCUUGAGCCAAACAGACAUAAACUCUCAUGCUUUGAGAAACAACAUUAUUGCUCGGGAUUAAGUAGCCUAAUUAAUAUGUCCGCUUAAUGUUUGUUUUGUUGUUUGUAUUUCUAUGUGACUUGGUUUUAUUUGUUGCCUAAUGUCUGUUUUGUUCUAUUUGUCAGUGUUUCUUUAUGUGAUUGUUUUACCACUACACUACAUGCCUUUAUAAGUAGAGACGAUGAGCUUCACUCAGAGACAUCGGAGGAGGCAGGGGAGGCACAGGGGAAUAUAAAAAAUGGCGCGAAAUUAAAAUUUUUGUUUUUAAAGGAUAUUUUAUAUAUAUAUAAUUUUUGAGUAAAAAAAUGCGAAUGGUCAAAACUGUGAUAAAAAAACACGGGAUUACUGUAUGUUGAGGAGUUCCCAUUAGAGGCUUUGACCUUGUAUUACUUUAUUAAAAAUGGGGUAGUUAUAUCAGUGUGCCUGAUAUAUUCAGGUGCUAAUACUGAACUAAAGUGUCAUGUUUGAUGGCAAAUAACAAUGCUAAAAACAUUUGCUUAAGAUUACUAAUACAGUACAGUAAAUAGUUUAGCCAUCAUAUUUGCAAAGUGUUAGUACUAUACUUGCACCAAGAAAUUAUGAGGACGCAAAAAGGUUUCCUAAGCAGGUUUUCUUGUAGUAGAAAUGAGAGAAGGAACAUGUAAAGUAGUGAUGGAACUGAUGAUUACCCAUGAAAAAAGGUUUUCUGGGAUGGAUAGAGUAGAAGUAAGACAAAGAUUAAUUGAGUGAAAAAGUAGGGUUAGAAAUUUUAUUUAACUGAUAAUUGAAAAUUAGAAAUGAGUAAAGUUGAUGUGUGGGAUUUAAGAAUGUGUACUAGAAUCUGGUCAAAAUAAAGACUGUUCAGUGGGGAACAGGACACAUCUCUUAUGGUAGGGCUCUUGUGAGUGACCAGAGCCAAUCAAUUUAAUAUUUCUCAUUUCCUUCAGUGAAUAAUAUAAAAUUUUAGCAUUUAAUUAGACCAACACUGGCACAGUUACAGAUACAUUCUUGAGCUGGUACUUGCCAUCAGGGUGUAACAGUGACGUGACCGACUAGCAAUCCAAGCGACUAACGAGCUAAUCAGUGGCGAAGAGGAUAAAAUUAAUUAAUAGUAAGAUCAGAAAGGUUCUUUAAAAUUUGAUAGUGUAAAUGAAACUGGUCACAACUGUCAGCAGUGAUCAUGUGUGCCAUAGUCUGACUAAAAUUUUUUAAAAGAGUAGCUAAGAGAUACAUAUCAUGUCAGUCAUAUUUCCAGCUGAAACUGAUUCAUAAAAUAUUUUUUUUAUCUUGUAUGGAGUGAUGGGUAAACCUGACAGAUAUCUUUGGGAGUGUGUUGCUGAAGGAUGACACUGGAGUAGAACAUAUUUGAUAAGGCACUUUAGGAAAUAAUGCUAACAAGUAAAGGGAAAUUGUGUGUUCCUUGUGAUUCUAGUCACUCUGUGCUAUAGUGGGAAAACAGGCACAAGUGAAAUUUAUCUUAGUCUAAGCAAAUGAUAAUUCUUUCAUUUUGUUCCUUGCCAAAUUAACAUGUGGAAUUAUGCCAAUUUACAGAAUUGGAUUCUUUGGCACAUACAAGUUCAGUUACAGCAAGUAAAAUGAAUGAGGAUUAUAUUGUUUCAACUAAAUGUGUUCAUGAAUCACAAGGUACCAGGUAACUGAUGAAUACUGUAUAUCGUAGAACUAUGAAAAUAUGUAGAAUAUCAAGCAGAGGUUACAAUUACCUUAAAAUUAUGUAAGAUGAGUGGAAAAACUUAACAAACAAUAUCGAAGUCAUAAGAGGUAAAGUUUUAGGCAUAGCUAUGCAUCAGGAGCAGAACUAAGUACUGGACAGAACUGUUAUGAUGUUAGGGCAGUUCAUAAAUCACGUGAGAAAAUAGAUUGCAUGAGCAUAUACCAACAGAAUCUAAAGUUACAAGAAUCGUGCCACUAAACUUUGUUACAGAAGCAAUUUAUUUUGUCCACUUUGUAGUUAGGGAAAAGUGAGUGAUAGGAAAAUUAAACGAUAAAUCAUUAUGGAUAAAUGAUUGGCAAAGAUGCAUAUUAUUUUCAAGGAAUUUGGUGCAGCUUAAGAAGUAGCACUGUCAACAAUUUGAGAAAACAUUUUGUAUUUAUGAACAAUUAUUGUGUAUAGGGGCCUGUAUUUUAUAUAUAUAUAUAUAUAUACAGUACAUAGUACAGGUAUUCAGUAUAUUUUUUUCCAUUUAUUAAUGUAUUAUGUUGUACAGGUAUACUGUAUAUUAUUUUAUGCUUUCUCUCCCAUCUGACUCUGACUUAUAAAAAUAAAGAGAUAGAUGUAACUGUUUAUAACAGUCUUUGAUAGUUCUGCAAUAUUAACCUGAUAUAAUAACCAUCAAUGUCCAGUAUUUAUCCGUGUACGCACCAACAUUAUUUUCAUGGUUUUCCACUGGUACUGUAAUUUGUUAGUUUAAAUUCAUUGUCUAUUAUUCAUUUCAUGAUUGCUAAAAUUUAAACAUGGAACAAUAUUGCUGUAUACAGUAUAAACAUUUAUUAUUGUAGAUAGAAGACUUAUGAUGAAUAGGAAAACCAACUUAAUUUUUUAAUUCUUAAGAAAUUAGUAGACUAAAGUAGGUAACUUUUUAGAAUGUCAUAUUUAUUAAAAUUUCUAUAUGAAAAUUUAGGUGUUUUCUAUGUAAAAUAAGAAUUUAGAAAUUUUGUAUGACAAUAUGCCUCUAGAAGAGACUUUGUGGAUUUUAGUGGUGUCAGUGAGCAUUGCAUUCCUGGUAAUUUGCCUUAAUGUAAUAUUUGUAAUCAUAAGCCGUAUCCAGCGGCUGACUACAAAGUCUACUGUUCUUGGUCUUCGCUUGAAUUUGUAAACUAUAAUUUCACAAAGAAAUGUGGAGAAAAAAAAUAUGUUCUAAUCAAACAAAACAUCACUAGUUAGAGAUAUUGUUAUCAUAUCUGUUAAUAUAAUCAGCUGGUGCUACAAAGUCCAAAUACAAGAAUCAUACUUGUAUAAAAAUCUUUUGUAAUAUACUGUGUGGAAGGAAAGUUCAUACAGUACUACAGUAGGUGCAUAGAUGGGUAAAAAGAAACAAAUUUAAGUUUAUUAUUAUCUGCUAGUUAAAGAGUGGCUGCUGAUAGGUGAUGGUGCCUAUAUGAAGCAACAAAGGUGAACCAGUUUUAGGACAUGUUGUGGAAGAAGAGUACCAUGACAGAGCAACUGAAUGGAACAUGCAUGUGUGCAUGGGUGCGUGCGUUUCAUCUCCCCUGUAAUUAAACAGGAAAAGGUUGGGGGAAAAAUAAGUACAGUGGAGUCUGCAUUUACGCGGUCAAUUGAACCCGUGGAGGCCCGCGUGAAACGAGAAACGCGUAAAUGAAAUAACAGAACAUAUGGGAUUAAUUGAAAUAGAGACUGGGCCGACCCCCAA